GCGACUAAACGAUUUCAGAUGCUGGGUCCAUGUCCAAUGUGCAUGAAGAAUGGCAAAACGAGCAUCCUCAGGCGCUUUCUCAUCAACUUCAGUGAGGCAAUCAGCCUGUGUGAGGACCCCCAGUGCAUUUAUCCACUCGGGUGCUUCCCGAUCGGGAGGAUUUUGACCAAAGCCAGUGUGCAGAAACCUCGUGCUCAUGCCCGCAGGAGAAUGCGUACUUCCGUUGAAGACAUCCAGACUUUGGGCUCACCUAUAAAGCAAACGAGGGCCUGCGGCGAUUUCUCAGAGCAAAACCUCCCAAAAGAUAUUCCCCCGUUGAAGAAACGCAUUGACUGCGCACAGAGUGUUGACAUUUCAAAAACGAGAGAGGUUCGCGGUGGGCUUGGGGGUUCAAGCAAGGAAAGCGAUGGCUGCCCGUCCAGAAUGAGAGGCACCGACGAACAUUCAGAAGGCUCGCACGGAGGCAGAUUAGAUUUGGACAUUCCAGCGCAGCUUUCCGAGCAUUCUUAUUCGAGACUGAGGACAGAAAACGAGCAGCGGAGUGACAAGGACGCUGCUCAGCCUCCUUGGACGUAUCUCACGGGUCGCGUGCUACAGUGGCAGAACAAAUAUGCCCUGUGCUGGCUCGACUGCAUUUUGAUGGUCCUGGUGCAUAGCAGGAGUGUGCAGCAAAGGUUUCUCCAGCAGAGUAGAAUCUGCGGACCCAAAGGCAGUGUUGGAAUAUCUCAGGAAUGCUUUGUGCAGACUCUGUUAACCCAGUAUAACCAAGCACAGGCCAUGCUUGCCACCACCCUACAAAGCGGAGGCUUGCCGGAAGGGCACCGGGCGCGCGGCGCCGCUGCCGCCACUACCGCCGCCGCCACCGCUCCCCUUGCCGAAUCCCUCGCAGCCACCGCUGCCGCUACGGCCACCCUGCACGGUGUGCGCAUGACGGUCUUCAGGGCAAUGCAGCCGCGACUCAAGUGCCAGCUGGGCAAGAACGAGAGCCCAGUGUUUGCCCUCCCACUCCUGCUGCGCGAGUCCCAAGAGCUGGAGGAGUUGUUCCUGCAGAGCUUUUCCUGGGAGACGCACUGUCACGUAUGCUUAAAGGAAUCAAGGCGCCAGGAUUCCAGCUGCCUCGUCACCUUUCCCAGUGUGGUGUCAGACUGGCACCCGCUCAACGCCACUCACCUGGGCACCUGCAGCCACUGCCUGGCCAAAGAGCAGCGGCGAUGUCUGCAGUGGCACAGGCUUGCGCCGGUGACCGUGAUGCACUUUGAGAUGGGCAUGGCUCACGGGGACAUGGACAAGUACAGCUUCACUCACCAGGGAGCUGCCUACGCCGUGUCGGCGUUCAUCCAGUACCGCACUCAUCCGGACCACUUCAUCGCCUGGAUCCGCUCGCAAAACGGUACGUGGCUGGAGUGCGACGAUCUGAACGGGCCUUUCUGCGUGGAGAAAAAGGAGGUGAGCGUCCCUCCGGAGCAACUUCACGUUGUCUUCUGGGAGAAGGUGGCUUCCGCGGACGCGGAGGGAGGACGGACAUCCGGUGCGGAGCCUGGAGACUUCCGGCAAGACUACGGAGAGCUUGGCAGCCAAGCAGUGGCAGCGGGUGCGAGAGCAGACCGUUCAUGUGAUGUGGAGGAUCUGGACAUUCCCGAUAGACGCAGGGAGGCCGAGCGUCGCGACGUCCUCCGGGGUGACGGGCGUCGCGACGAACGGAGGGUGCACUUCGCUGACUGCCCUGCGGCAAUGUCCGAGUCGUGUGCAGUGCGAGCAGCAGGCCUCUGCACGGUGCCCGGCACGUGGCCAGACUGGCAGGAGCAUAACCAAAGUGAAGGUGUGCACAGCGCAAGUGGGUCCUGCGUGCCACGGGACACGAAUGAACGGAGACACAUCGAUCAGACGGUCGGUAUGAAUUCCAACAAAGGCACCCACGGUACCUUGAUUGACAAACAAAGAUAUCCGGUCAGUGUUGAAAGCGGGACGGCCGCAUCGGAAUGCAACGACGGCACGGAAGCGACGAACGAUGCCGGCAACGUGUCCCCAAAAAGUGUCGCGGUAAGUCCGGUGGCAGCUGCGCUUGGACCCGGCGUUAAAAAUACAACCGACGCAGCGGCAGGAAAGUGCGCUGGCAAAACGUCACCGCAACGGCGGCACGUUGCCAACGUGGCGAUCGUCGCCACACCGGUAUCGCAUUCUCUUGCGGGAGAGGACUGCGGCAAGUUUCGCGGCUGCCAGCUGAGAAGAGAUCGCUCGCCGGCGCCGAUCGCGGACGCGCGCCCAGCGACGCCGAGCGAGCGAGGAGCACCGGGCGAGCGCGUUGGAGUGCUGGAACGGAGGCCACCGGGCGACGGCUGCGGGGAGCGAGGCGAGGACGAGCGGGCGCAGCGGGAGGCCUGCGGGGAGCUGCACUCGCUGCUCAAGAGGCUCGGCAAGAGGAGAAGGCGGCUCGCGUCUGUGGACAAAUUCGUCACCCAAUGCCUGCUGCUGGAGGAGGACGGUGACUGUCGAGGAGCUCUCUGUGAAGGGACGGGGCCAGAGUCCUCACCUCCCCAGCAGACUUCCACGGUCCGCACGGAGCAGGCGUUGAGCGAGGGACCUGAGAACGUUUGGACGGAACGCCAAGGACGUCGAGACAGCAGGGGAGCCUUGACGGAACCACCGAGUCCCAGAGAGGAACGGCAUCCAUCCGACGUGGAACAUUCACCUGCGAGUGACCCGAGCGAAAAAUGUGAGAGUCCUCACCGGUUUUAUAUGGGACGCGUGUCUGCGGAAGGCUGUGAUGGAAAUGUGGACAGGCAUCAUGCGUGCAAUAUAAAUAACGUGUCGACUGAGGGUUCUGAUGAGGAUCUUGAAGGGCAUUACCUGACUCUCGUUUAUGAUGCCUCUGUUGACUUGGUUAAGGAAAAUUUGGAAGAAAGUCCUGCAUUAGAUGUGAUGGAUUCAUCUACACAGGAUCUUGAUAAAACAUUUGGUGGAACUCACCAGAUUUUAAGAGAAGACGUUCCUGGUCGAGGUGCCGAUACAUUUUUAUCAGAAGACCACCCGGCUAUUGCAGGACACGAUUAUGCAAAUUGUUCUGAUGGAAAUCUGGAGGACCAGCAUGCCUUCAAUGUGACGCAAGCAUCUACAGAGGGUCACCAUGAACAUUUACAGGAAUACCUCCUGACUCUUGUAGAAUACUUGCCUGUGGACGAUCCCAACAGAAACCUUGAGGCAUUCUAUAUGUGCGAUAUCACGCGCCCAUCCGCAGAAGGUAAUCAGGAGAUGCUGCAAGGACAGCACGCAACUGUUAAGGAACGUGUAUCUGCAGAGAAUCUUGAUCAGAAUAGUGAAGCCAUGUUUUCGCCUUAUGUCUUAAGUUUAGAAACUCAAGAUUUUCAAAAUGUCGGUUUGGUACGGGACACUGCAAUAAAUCCCAUUGACCAAAUAUUGCAACGGGGACCAAACGAAUCGCAAAUCGUCACUGAGGAGGUGGGAACGAGGCCUGACGAAUGGAAUGAGAACCGGGCGUUAAAGCCGGCUGUGUGUACGACUACCGACGACGACGGCAGAGGUGCGAGCGAACCUCCGCAGAGCGAUUCGGAGCACGCAUCAAACAGCGAGGGUGCAUCGGGCGGCCAAAGCACGCUUGGCAAAAAGUCAGGCGAAGGCAAUAAAAACCCUGGCAGAGGAGCGGACGCCGGUGCCGGUGGACGCGUGCCAAAAACGAAAGCCACUUCGGCCUCUCGCGCGGGGGGCGGGAGGGAGCGAGCGUGCGCGCCGUCAACGUGCCGCAGAGCGGUCGCUUUGCCCGCUCCGGCGCUCCGGAGGUUCAGAGAGAACGCGCUGAGGCUGCAGCUGCUCGCGGGCGAGGACUCGGCCAGGUUCGGUGGCUACCGGCCGAGAGAGAAGGAGGAGGGCGCUGCCGUGCUGCCCAAGGGGUCGACGAUCGCUGCUGCAGAAACGCCGGUGGUGGCGGCGGCGGCGGCGGCGGCGGCGGCGGCGGCGGCAUCAGGCAGUGGAGAAGAUGUUGCCCUCGAGCCGGCUUUGGCAGGGGAGUGUGGCGAGCGAGGUCGGUGUUUGACCGUCGAGCCGGAGGAAGGAAGUUUGAAUUUGGCGCAAGCGAGGGUGGAUAGCGGCGAGUUAAAAGCGCUGCUGAAGAGGCUGAAGAGAAGGAAACAACAGCUUGCGAUGGUGGAGGGUGAUCAUCGUAAAUAAUCACGUCCAGGACUUAAUUUCUAACUCAAUAUUGAAAAUAAGGGUUGAUAAUGUCAUAUUUGUCGUGUUUUAUUGUCUGCGAUACAGUUUGUCUCAGCCCUUACGCGAGAAUUGCCAUUCGCAGGAUUUUAGAAAGUCCUUAGAAUAGUUUCGUUUAACUCUUAAAACAUUUCAUGUUAACGUUUAAUGUUGACGUUAAUUUAUUCUGAAAUAAAUAUAAGUCACAUAAAAUAUAUUUAUAUGUUGAAAAAUAAAUGUUGUGCGGAUUAUUUUUGAGUCAUGCCAAUAAUAAAAAGCACGUAUUUUGUAGAGAAGGGAUUUAUGAUGCAGUAUUUUGUAAAAAAUAUAUAUAUACCUUGCACAUACACUUUGAGAAUCUUAACGUGUGAUUUGUAAAGUACUUGUCGAUGUACAUGACUAGUGAAUAAAGUUGCAGUAUUAUGAAA